UUACUGGAAGCAAAGGGGUGGAGCUGUUCAGAAAUAUCAGUGAGCUCCCAUUUGAUGAGGAGAGCAAGACUUCCACUACCCAGGGGGAGACGUGAGAACGUUAUCACCCUCUACACAAAACCGUCUGCCAUAAAACCGUUUCCCGACAACACCACUCACUUUUAACGUCCCAUAUCCAGGGUUUGAGGAAGAGGAGCCCUUCAGAAGAAAAGAAAGAAAGAGAGAGAGAGAGUGAGAGGUCCGUUUAAACACCACUACGAGAUUGGAUAAGACUUUCAAGCUGCAUCCCUUACCCGUUAAGCCGUCCUUGAUCCUGGAUGUUGAGAAGGCGCAGGAGCUGUGGGCAUUGUGUUGGUGCUGCGUGGUGCCUGUGCACCGUGGCUGGAACGAGCCUGCGGCCCUGGACCCCCAAGCCGGGACGGGGCACGGGCAAAGCGCCAUGGUAACGCACAGCAGGCUCAACGGCGCCAUGAGCAGCAGCCCCUUUGAAGGCGGAGUACGCCUGCCUGCCCACCGCUACAAGACCUUCAGCUCCGGGGCACAGUAUCAGAUGGUGUUGGCGGCUGUGCGCAAGCUGCAAAAGAGCGGCUUCUACUGGGACGCUGUAAGUGGGAAGCAGGCCAGUGCCCUGCUGAGCGCCGAGCCACCCGGCACUUUCCUAGUGCGUGACAGUUCUGACAACCACCACUUUUUCACCUUGAGCGUAAAGACAGCCACAGGCACCAAGAACCUGCGCAUUCAAUGUGACGCCUGUUCUUUCUUUUUGCAAACGGACCCGAGCAGCUCGCAAACUGUGCCGCGUUUUGAUUGUGUGCUGAAACUCAUACAUCAUUACAUGCCCACUGCCAGAGAUGCAGGGUCCAUGUCUGUAGUCCCAACUGGAGUGGACAGCGAGGGCGGCUGCAGUGGAGCAGAUGGGAGUACGUACUUCAUUCACUCUGGAGAAGAGAAAAUCCCACUGGAGUUGCUGCGUCCUCUGGCUUCCAGCAUGUCCACACUGCAGCACCUCUGUCGCAAGACACUUAACGGCCACAUAGACGUGUCUACUAAACGGGACCAGCUGCCUCAGUCACUCCAAGAGUUCCUCGAGGAGUAUGAUUCACCUAUAUAACAACCAUCACAUGGUUCUGGAGCACAGAGACUGAACCAGAUAUACAGAACUGUAUGAUGGGCAGUGGUGGAAUUGACCUGCAAAACCCACAGGAAGAGGAUGAGAAGUGCAGUGUUAUGAAGUUCUGGAGUUCAAUAAGUGUGUGAAUUGUCUGCCUUGAGAAGCUCUCAGCAUCAAUCAGUAUUGCAGGCCAGCGGUGGCCUACUGUGCCUUCACCCUCUAUAGUGUGACCUUUGGCAGGGGGUUGCUGUGAGAUGGACAGCACAAAGUAUGUACUCGCAUGCGAUGGGAUGAACAGCAGAGCAGCCAGGACCAAAAGCAGAUGUUCAGAGGCAUGGUGUUUUAGCCUCCUAUUUUUUUUUGUUUGUUUGUUCUUGGGUCAGUUGGGGGGGAAAAAACACAAACCCUGUUGAAUAUUAACACAAUUGAUUGAUUAUCAGUACAUGGGUUAAAUGUGCUGCUAUGGCUGAGUUGCAGCCUUCGCUAUAUGAAUAAAAAGCACUCUCAUUCAGUUUCAUCCCAAGUUGACACACUGACUGACCUCAUAGGUUGCUGUGGGGAAGUAAACGGGCGGCUAUUCACUACUGGCACCGCUGUGUCAACACUGGCAACUAUUUGGGGUUACAACACAAGACUGAUGUUUAAAUAUGCAUCAAUACAAAGGAUGAUAGUAUACAAGGGAGGACUCUGAUAUUGCAGUAGUCUCAGAAGGAAAGCUUAGUGGGCUGUUGUUGCUUUAUUUUUGACAAGCAAAGUGUCUCAAUUUUGCUGGGAAAGGCCAGAUGGUUAGAGAACAUUGAACAUACUGGUGAUGACAACACAACACAACCUUCCAAGAGUUGACAGUUUAUGUACUGUGAAACAAAGCCAAGCACAGUAUGCAAAACCAUUUCUUAGAGAUCCUGGAGUUUGACAUGGAGGAUUGUGUUCCUCUCAAACCAGAGGCGUUCCUUCUGUAUGCGUUAAGUCAGUAGUCAGUCAUGCCUCAUAUCCCUCAUUCAGUAACAGUGACGUAGUGUUUCUUCAGCAGCACAUGCUGUCUACAAUUAAAUGAAUGUAUUGUAAGUCAGUGGAAGGGCUUAUGGUUCAACUUCUUAUUGCUUUCUCUCUUUUUUGUAUUUUGUCAAGUAGAGAUGUUUACAUGUGUCACCACAAGAGGACAACAUGUUUUUGUACUCUGUCUUUUAUAAAGAUUUGGCAUCUUAAGGUCUAGUCUCUGACCCACAGUGCAAGCUUGAAAAUCAGAAAACAUGAAAACAAUGGCAUUACAACAGAAAAUGCAGCAAGGAACUUUGCACAUAUUUAUAUUUAUAAAAUAUUUCAAUAAUUUAUAUUAAAGAGUACUAUUUUUUACAAAAUG